AUGAUAAAAGCAAUAAAAGAAAACUGUGUCAAUAAUAUAGAAAGUGAUAUACAAGAAAAGCAAUGGAUAGAUUUUUCGGAUGAUUUUACUUUUUAUUCAAACUACAACAAAAUUUCAUCAUAUCAUAAAGAAGGAUAUUUAGAAAAGAAAUGCUCUAAUUCAUGGUGUGGUUAUAAAAAAAGAUGGUUUAUUUUGAAGAAUAAAAAAUUAUAUUAUUUUAAAGAUAAAGAAAGUUUAAGGCCUUCUGGUGUUUUAGAUUUAGAUUUAAUUCACAUGAAUAUUAAUUAUGUAAAUGGAUUAAAUAGGAAGAAAAAAAUGGAUGAUUGUUUUUUAUAUUGUAUCGAAUCAAUAAAAUAUAAAAAUGAGAAUAAAAAUGAAUCAUUUUUGAUAUUAAACCCAAAAAAUACAGAUAUAGAUUUUUAUUUAAAAGGAGACGAUGAAGAAAUAUUAGAGUGGUAUAAUUUACUAAAUAGUUCAAUAGACAAUAAAAAAAUUUUAAAUCAGCCUAAAUUUAUUUUCUCAGAAAAUAAUUUUUGGAAAAUUGAUAGAAUAUCUGUCGAUGUUUUUGAAGCUAUAGCAGAUACAGGUGAUAUAGUACUAUUUAGAUCAAAGGUCACUUCCGCAAAACUGCAGAGAAUAAUAACAGGGGGAGAAUACGACCAUAUUGGUAUGAUCUUAAGAAAUGAUAAAAAUAAUCUAUUCCUUUUAGAAGCUAUUUCAAACAUGGGCAUUAUUUUAACACCAUGGAUCCUUUUUAUAAAAAACAAAUGGAAUGAAAGUUAUUCAAGAAUUGCUCUAAGGCGUUUAACAUGGAAUAACUCUGAAGAGAACCUUCAAAAUUUAUUAGAGUUUUUGAAAAAUACUAUAGGAAAAAAAUAUGACUUAAAAAUAGUUAAUUUUCUUACUUCAAAAAAUGAUGAAGAAAGUGGAUAUUUUUGUUCAGAGCUAAUAGGAGAAUGCUGGAAGAUAAUGGGAGUUAUUCCUUUAAAUACUUCCUGCUCUUAUAUUUUGCCAAGCAAUUUUUCUGAAAAAUUUGAAGGAAAAAUUAAGCUACAAUCAGGGUGUCAACUAAAUAAUGAACUCUGUAUAGAUUUUUCUCUUUAA